CCAAAGGGAUGACCUGAUUGUACCAAUCACUGACCCUCAUGCCCCACUAUUUAUAACUGUCUCCAAGCUCUCACACACAUGCACUAAUGUUGUGUAUGAGUGUGUGCGUGGGUUAUAUUUAGUCAUACUUUGAGCUCAAAUAAGUUAGUUAAGUAGACAAAAGACAUCCUGAAUUAAUCAAAGUUCCAAAUAUAGUUUUAAUUGGGUACCUCCUUAUAAAAACAGUCUUUGCAUGAUCAGGCGAAUCCGUUUCCAGAGGUUUCCAACCAGUCAGGCUGGGAAACCAGCAAACAGACCCAUGCUGGUUUUUCAAGGGUAUAGGGUAUGGUUAGUUGUUUUAGGUUUAUAUAAAAAACAACAGAUGUCCAUGGUAUGCCCGAUAGCUAAGUAAAAUGUGUGUGUGUGUGUGUGUGUGUGUGUGUGUGUGUGUGUGUGUGAGAGAGAGAGAGAGAUGUGGACGGGGUUCGGAGAGGGUGGGUGAGUGUUGGCUUGGCUGACCGUCUGCGGUUCUGUCGCGGUGCUGAGAAAUGUUCCUUUUGGAUCGGACCGUGAGCUUUCAUACCUCCCUCUCGCUUUGAAACGAACCGUCUCUCUUCACUCUGCCCUCUUGAGUUUUACAGUUUUUACAGUCAUGAAUCGAAGACUCAAAAUGCAUCAAAAGCACUGAACUUCUGGAAGCACCGUAAAGCGCUCUGGCAGACGCUGUGCUUGUCCCGGUUUACGCGAGGUGGGGGAUUUGGGCUUGAACCAGUGGCAGAUUUCUACCCUCUUAAAGUGUGGGACCAGGCCUGGGCUUGAGUCAGGAGCGCGAUGCGUCCCGGUGGGACCGCUGGCGCGUGCGCGCGCGCUCCUUUGUUACGAACGGUGACAUUGGCUAGUGUUUAAGCUGUAUUCGGGCGGCAUCACGCAGAGACUGAGUAAUCUCGUUUGGAUCCAAUGCGUGUGUUUGUGUGUGUAAGUAAGAGAGAGAGAGAGGUGGAAAGCAAAAGGAAAAGGAGCGAGGGAGAGAGAAGGGGGGCUGGGGAAGGAGGGUGGAUUGAUCUGAAAUCUUGUUCUGCUUCAGAAGACAAACGAGCGGAGAGGAAACAAGCCGCGCAAACGCUUUCCAGCUUUGUUAGUUUUCGAUCCAACGUUUACGUGAAUUUGUGAAUGAAAGCGGCUGAGGAAGAGGAGGAGGCGCAGGUUAAGUGGACGCUGCUUCCAGUGCACGCAUCGCCUGCUUUAAUGCGCAAAAAGAGGACGCGAUUACCCUCACAGAUCGAAGCGCUUUCUUCGGGCAGUCUUUUGCGCUGUUGUGGGGGGAGCUGCAAACUUUCUUCAUUUUAAAAAAAUAAAGAAAAACUCAGAUUGCAUUCUUUCCCACUUCAAACAUUUCGGAGGUGAUGUCAUCGGUCCGUGUUUUGGCUGCUGUUGCGCUGGAGCUCCAGAAUUGAGUCCGAGAAAUCAGGUGCAGGGAGCUGCGAGCGUGUGCCGCUUUCCUUCUGCUUUCACUUUUCCCCCCAUCAUCUGACCUGGACCGCGCCGCCGUCUCUCCGGCGCAGCAGCCAUGACCGAGCACGCUCCACGGUACCCGGAGUCCAGCUCGCCGCCGAUGCGUCUUCACCGCUCCAUCCCCGUCCAGGUGCUCUGCCUCCCGCGGCGCGUCAUUUCGCCCGAAGCGGAUCAGCAUUGACACGAACUCUCAUGCGUGCGGAUGCACUCUACGGAGUUUUAAUCGUUAUCUGUGGAAGGACAUUUCCGGCAGUAAAAGUUAGGCUCGGACUGCUUGGAAAACACUGGGCACGAACCUUUUGCUGGCUUUCGAAAAGUUUGUUAUGAGCGGAAACGACGAAUAGGUGUGGGUCGCGUUUGAACUUCGUUUCACCUGUUCCUCAGACUCCGGAGGCUUGCGCUUCGCCCCGCCUCCUACCCCUUACCGACCGUGCACCGCGACCAUCCGUGUCGGCGUCGGCGGCGCGCUCACACCCCGCUGACCCCUUGCCGCCCAUUGAAGGAAAAAAGAUGCAGUCCACCCGCGCCAGCGGGAACAUCCGCGGACUCUCCAUUCAAACGGAUUAAACAAACCCGACGGACGUGAAGCUGUGACCCCGAAAGCCGUUUCGCAAUCGCGCACGGAGCCACACGGACGCGGAGGAAGCGAUGUGGGCCUUUCUCUCCACGGUGGCUGUCUUGUAUAUCCAGAUGAUGCUGGUCAUGUGCAAUCCUCUACAGGUGUUUGGAGUGGACGGGGUGAAUUUCAGCGUGCAUGUGGAGAAUCAGACUCGUGCACGAGACGCCAUGAGCCGGCGACAUCAUCGCGUGUACCAGCUUUACAGCCGCACCAGUGGGAAACACGUCCAGGUGUUCGGACGCAAAAUCAGCGCCCGAGGAGAGGACGGAGACAAAUAUGCCCAGCUCGUAGUGGAGGCAGACACCUUCGGCAGCCAGGUGCAAAUCCGAGGGAAGGAAACCAAUCAUUACCUGUGUAUGAACCGCAGAGGGAAACUCAUAGGCAAGAAAGCCAGCAAUCGUAGUGCAGACUGCGUCUUCAUCGAGAUGGUUCUGGAAAACAACUACACAGCACUAAUGUCAGCGCGCUAUAAUGGCUGGUAUGUGGGCUUUACCAAAAGAGGGCGCCCUCGACGUGGUCCCCAAACACUUCCCAACCAGCAGGACGUCCACUUCAUGAAGCGCUUCCCACCCGGAGAGCAGCCGGAUUUAACGCCGUUCCGCUUCACUACGGUCAGCAAGAGGAGCAAGAGAGUCCGUGCGGCGCGACCACGCUAAUGCUGACACUGGUGUCCCACUGCUAACGUUUACAUGAGGACGAGGAAUAAACAACAAGACAGUCCCAGUGAAAAUGACACUGCUAGUGUGAAGCCGGACUGUCUUGUCUUAUUUGAACAGACCAUCACUUUAUAUUCCAGUGGGUUGGACCUCUACAACCCUAAUAACAAUAACAGCUAAUUUACACCAGAGCUGUGGUUAAGACAGCUUACUUCAGACAUGGAGAUGACUAACCAAAGCAAACACAAGCAAACGUCUGGCAGCCCACAAUGAAGACACGAAACAAAACACAAGCGAAUUGGCCUGUAGACGGCGACUGUGUGGCAAUUUUCCUAAGACAAGACUCGGACGGGAUCCCGCCUAAGGGAGAGGAGCAGAAAUCUCUGAACCUGCAGAAGAAGACAGACAGAAAUGGAGUCUGGUUAGAAACUCAGAAGGUCAUAAAGGUUACCGUUAUAUGAGAGCUCCUUGGGUAAGACCUGCCUUAAAGGAUACGCUCAUACAAAAAUGAAAAAUCGGGCAUUGUUUGCUCACCUCAUGUUGCUCCCAACACGUGUGUGGUUAUUUUUCACACUACAGUUCAUAGUUAACAUCCGUCAAGCUCUCGAAUGGUUUUUAAAAAAAAAUAAUAAUAAUAAAUUGUUCACAUGCAUUAUAUUCCAGCUCAUACAAAUCAUUCAACAGCUUUAAGAUAUUAUUAUUAUAGCUUAAUAUAAUAUAAUUUAUAGUUAUUACUAUAUCAAUUACUAUAUUUCAUCUUCUAUGUCUUUUGCAUCAGUGACAUACACACACA